AUGGACGACGACGCCACGAGCAAGAAGAGAGUCGGCCGGCCUCCCAAAUACGAUUGGGACGACAAGAGGGACAUCUGCUACAAGCUAUGGGUUGAUGAGCACAAGAGCGCCGCGCAGAUUGCUGCAUACUUCGCCGAACGAUUCAAUGUCCAUCCCAGCGAGCUGCCGUGUCGCAAAGGCUUCCACCGUCAGUUCCAGAUAUGGGGCUUUCCCUCUCACAAGAGGACCAUGACGCCGGAGGAUGAGGCUGUCGUGAUGGCACGCGUCAAAGAGUUGUGGGAGCAAAACGUGAACCAGAAGGACAUCAAGUCAACCCUUGCAGAGGAGGGCUGGGCGCUCAAACACUAUGAUUUUCAGAAGCUGUGGAGAUCGCAUGGCUUGAGGCUACGGAAUGACCAGGGGUUCAGAGUACCGGAGCCAGAGAAGAAUAGGAAGAAGCGGAAGAGAUCCUCCGUGCCUGCAGAAGGCGUCGACCGACCCCAAGAGACUCAAGGGACACAGGCCAGUAGGGAGACCCAGGAAGCUCGAGAGGACGAGAAUUCGAUGUCAGCUCCACCAGGUCCCGAAGAGGCAGCACAGCGUGCACAACGACUGUUCGAGAUCCAGCUCGAAAGUGAUCAGAAACUCCAAUCUCGAAAGCGCCGGCGACGCAUCCGCGGAUACGGUCAUCUACCUCCUGACGCGCCAGGAACAGCACCCCGUUACGCAUCGGAGACGAGUCUAGACGAAUCCAAGGCAUUCCUUCACCUGUCCAAUGAGAUGUACCAGGCCGUUCGCAAGGACUAUGAGACAAUCUGCCGCGAAAUGGGAGUUAUCAAGAAGACGGAAUGUCCCGACGUAAGCGUUGCUCUCAAGUACAGAAGUCCGUUACUACAAGCUAACAGCACACGCCUCCUAGGGUGUCUGGGAAGAGUCGCAACGAAGAUUAGUUCGCGAGAACAUGCAUCUAAGCGCAAUGAUGCACCCUCUGCAGCCAGAUCAAGAUAAGAAAAAGGUCGCUCUGGAAUGCCUCUGCGCGGACGUGACCAAGCGCAUGCGAACAGCGAACAAAGCAAUUACCAUUGCUGAGGCUAACAACAUACUGGGCUUGAACCCAACAGAGAGUAAAACAGUCCGUCGUUCCUUAUAUGAGAUACUGGAGGCAAGCAGGUUUGAGUCACGUCUUGUCUCCGGCGAUGACCAUUGGCGUGAACUACGUCAGCGCUGGUUUGACACAAACCAGAAGCUGCAACAGGCCGCCAUUGAGAACGAUGCAAGGAAGAUGCAAGCCGUGGACCUGUUAUGCAAAGACGCAAUGAAACGUUUUCGUGAGGACAGGAAUAAGCGCGGUGAACGACCAGGUAUGUGCCUGCCUCCCAAAUCCUGUGCGAUAGCAAGACUACUAAUAUUUUCUAGUGGUUCAGCGGAACACCUACUACGGUCCUGGUCCUGGGCCCGCUUGGGCUGCGGUACAACCUCGCUCGAAGACUGGUCUUGAAGAAAAAGCUGCUCGGCAAGCUGCCACGCAAACCCGUGAGCCGUUAGUGCAGGAGCGUGUUCAACACUAUCCUCCUUCUGAAUCGGGCAAUAUAAUUGCUGCUCUCGCUCAAGCAACUGGCAACGUCGAUUUUGAUUUGGAUCCAGCUCUCUCGGGGCCAACACCUUUCACUGCACAGGCAGAGUCUCCGCCGCUUGGAAAUCCAAUCGCUGUGUACUUCCGACUGGGCCCAACGUCGACUGUUGUUGGCAAUCAUCCUAAGAUGUGGCUGGGAAAACUGACCUCCGUUUCCAUGACAGCGUUCAACAAGGCCGCUACGAGUAAAGCGGGAGCAGCCUCGGUGACAAGAGUUCAUGGAUUGGUCAAAAGUAAUGAUGGUACUGAGGACAAAUGGAUCAUUGAGAAUCAAGAUGAGCUUCAAGCUUAUCUAGUCGAGGCGGGGGAAAAGCCUUCGUUCCUUGUUCAGCUCGAGGGCGGCUAUGCCUAA